AUGGAUUCAGCGCACCGAACAAGUGUGCACAAAAGUUCCGUGGACACAUCUACCUGUGAUGUGAUGCUCAAGCAGGAUCGUAUCGCUCGGUUUGCACCAGAAAAGCAAUUCUCCACCACGUUCCGUCAUCGGGGACCAAAAUUGAAACGAUUCGAUUCGGCACAUUUGCAUCAACUCUUUCGUCACGUGAUAUACGUUAUUCUCACUUUGUCUGCUUUGGCUUCACUAAUACUCCUGUUGUUUGGUAUUCUGUGGGAUCGUCGAUCCUGUCUGACCGCCGGAUGUAUCCUUGGCUUAGCGUGUUUCGGCGCAAUGCUUCACGGUUGUCUUCGGCACAGAUCCUUGCCAAGUACCCCAACACCCCUCGUAUUGAGUGCGGCAUAUCUGUGUCCAGUCGGGAAUCUACCAAUCGGAUCCAAUCCGGAAAGCACAGCGGCUGCAACAGCAAUGGCCACAGCCACACUUCUACCUAAAAGCAUUCAUCCAAACCCAUCCUUAAUGGCCUCGAGUCUUGAGGUUGCAAUGCUUGCGCAGUUGCGCCGAGACGUUUCUAUUGCAUUUCCAUCCGGUGUUCCGUGGGCUUCUUCACAUUCUGUGGCUAGGCAAUCUCUGCUGGCAAGCACACAGGAAAAUGAAAUUAUCCUGCCCCCGCACAGCUACAAACGUCAGCUAUCCGACUCCGUGGCUUACACACGUUCGUCCGGACCGAGCUUCGGGGAUUCUGGCAGUUCCGUGCCCGAGUACCACUCACACGUCAGUUGCCCGGCUCGAACUGGCGAAUCGAAGACCAAAUCCCACGUGUAUGAAAACUGGUGUCCAGAUUUUUGCAAACCAGCUGGUAGUAGUAGAUCGGGAGAACGGAAGGUGCCAGUUGUGGGACACACGCAAACAACAACAGCAAAGACAGAACGAGCGUCAUUGCAGCCAACUUCCAAGGUACCACUAAUGCGAGAAAAUAGUGGAACGAGUGGAGUUUCUGAUCCACGCACACCACAGCCCGGCAGCUCGGAUUUCUACAAGCCGCCACUACUUCCUACAUCCAACCUGACCCCGUGCAUUGCAGACCCGAACACAGGGUCUAUCACAAACGGGCCCAUUUCCGAAGAGUCCGCCGGCACGACCGGGUCCGGAUCGGGAACCGCGUCAAACGUAUCAACCUCUCCCGGUCGUCCCGUUACGCAGGGAGCAACUCAGGUUCGAGUGAUCAGUCCGGAAAAGACUCAGUCUAUCCGCACGCCGCGUUCCGUGUUACAAGGCGUGCGUCGCGAGUCCGGAUUGGGUUCGGCUGUCUCAACCGGACUGUUACGUUUGCUUAGUGAUUCAACUGCAAGCAAUUAUGAUGGGGCACGCCCGAACAGACGUCAUAACCGCGAUAGAGAUGGUGUGUUUGGACCCAGAAUUUGGCGCGCGUGGCGCAGCUGGGUCGAUUGA